CGGGUCACGUUAUCGGAGGGGGCCAGUCAGUGUGAAAACGCUUAGAUCCCGACAGACGAGUCACAGUCUGUAACUGCACUUACCGUCAAAAAUUAGCGGAGGAGUUGACGGGAAAGCGAAAGCAUACGAGUAACAGCAGGGAAUUUCAUAAAAUCCCAGCGGCACGUCGGACAGACGGCUGUAACGUAACCGGAGGAACUGGAUCUCAUCGCGGGCUAGAUGCGAAGCUUUACGGCAUUAUAGGUGCACCGGAGUCAGCCGACGACAUGGAAGAUAAAUAGUUGUCACACAGCAUCCGUUUGGAUCCAGCUGAAGUCAUGGAUGCAAGUUGGAAAAACUGUUUAGAAGAGGAGCUUCUGUGUCCCAUUUGCCUGAAUGUUUUUGAGGAACCCAUCCAGCUGCCAUGCAAGCACAACUUCUGCAAGGGUUGCAUCUCUGAGGCUUGGGCCAAAGACAGCGCUGCGGUCCGCUGUCCCGAAUGCAACCAUGACUAUGACCAGAAACCCACACUGGAGAAGAACUUUAAGCUUGCCAACAUAGUGAAGCGCUUCAAUGCCUUGAACACUGAGAAAGUCCCGGCUGUCCUGCACUGUGUCCUUUGCAGACGAGGCCCCCCGCUGCCCGUGCGGAAGGUCUGCCUGCGUUGCAAGGAGCCCUGCUGCCAAACUCAUAUCCAGACGCACCUACAGCAGCCAUGCGCAGCCCCUGGACACCUUUUAGUUGACGUUGAGGAGCUAAGCGCUUGGACCUGUCCCAGUCAUGAGGAGUACAGGCUGCUCCACUGUGAGGAAGAGCAGGUGGCUCUGUGUCCGUUCUGCUGCAUCUCUCACUGCACUAACCAAAGACACACAGUUUGUGAUGUGGAUACCCAGCGCAUACAAAUGCAGGCCAUGCUAAUGAGGCAGCAAGAGAGACUGGAGGGUCGUGUUCAGAACAUCGAUGAGCAGCUCACCAAGCUGGAGACAGACAAGACACUGAUGAAGGAUGCAGUGUCUGAACUGAAAGAACGUGUGAGGGCCCAGUAUCAGAGGAUGCAUGCACUGCUUGAAGUGAACCAGGCUGAAACUGUGCAGAUGCUGGAAAACACUUUUGCCGUGUAUGCGAGGAAAAAUUCCCAGCAGGUGCUGCAGCUCAACGAGAAGCACCAGGAAGCUGAAAAACUCCUGAGCUCAGUACAAACGUUCUUCCAAAGAUCAGACAGUAUUAACUUUAUGAAGAACACAAAACCUUACCAGCUGCUAAUGGACAGGUCAAACUCACACCUGACUAGUACCAUCCCUCCACUCAGAGUGGGCCAGCUCAACUCUCAUCAUUUGAUGUCCGGACUCUCAACAAGAGAAAAGAACCUGCGGAAAAUGAUGGAGGAACCGUUACAUGAGGCAUCCAUUCUUGAGAUUGUCCAGCCUCACAGCAGCUCUGCUAGCUCCCACAUGGGGACUAGUUCAGGACUACAGAAGAGGAAAUAUGGCAUGGCUUUUCUGGAAAGUAACACAUCGAACUCCACCUCCCAAGAUCCUCCUCCAUUGGUCUACAGCAGCAAAAAGCCCUUUCUAGCUGAUCAGAACCAAUGUGCUUCUUCCGUGUAUUCCUCUGAAGGCCUGUCCCAGAAUCCUCACACCGGCUCCAGCCACCAUAGUCGACUUCUUGACACUUCAGCCCAUCACAUGGUGGGUCUAGGGUCCAGCUCUAGCCACCACUCAGGGACCAUAUUCCCCCCCUCUCACUUCCCCAGUGGAGGUGCCUCACAACAAGCCAUGUACGAAGGAAGGAAAGUACUGAUGUGCACUCUGAAUAACUGCUGCUGCUCCAGGGCCCCCGCUGCUCGUGCCCGGCCUCCGUACCCAGCUUCAGACUCCUUCCCCACCAUGACCUCUCAGGAGUUUCCCCCACAUGCCCCGCUGCCUGCAAACCAGCCACUGCAGCAUUUCCCCAUGAGGGGACUGAUGGAAGCCUCACAGACAGCCAGGCACCCUGACUUCUAUGGGCUGUACGGCCAGUCUUCAACCAAGCAUUACGGGACCAAGUAAUGAACCAGAAUCAUUUGUUCUAUUGUAUUAAAUCAGAAUUGGCCUCAUAAUUUCCUUGUUUGCUUUUCAUUGUUUUCCAUUUAGGUUCAGAGAUUUGUUGUCAGUUUAUGUCUCCAACACGCCUUCGUAAUGUUAUUUUGACAUUUACUUGACCCCAUUUUGGGAAAUCAUGCCCUGUUAACCUUGGUAGUCCUGUUUACUUCCAGAAUCACAUUGACACUAGUAAUGCUCUAAUUUGACAGCACAUUUGUAUUUUUUAUUUAUUUUCUGUUUCAAUGCAACUGGAAUUGCUAAUGUGAAUAUUGUAGUCUUAAAUCCAGUCAAGCAGCAAACUAAAGAAACAACAUAUCCUUCAUCAUGAGUCCUGAUAUGGGACUCCAGAGACUUCAGUGCCUAAAAAGACUGUUAACAUGCUCUUAUUGUACUUGCAAGUUCCUAGCUCUUGAUUAUUUCCUGUUUGCAGCUGAAAGCAUGCAGGGAGCCUCUCCAUGCACUCCAAAGUCCACGUGGCUUUACAAACACACUGGACUACAAAUGCUUGUCAGGUUUUUCAUGAAUUUUUAUACAGGAUUGUGGAUAAACCAAAAUCAGUGCAAAUAAUUGAAUAAACAAGCAUAUUAAUUUACCUUUUCCUUGUGUUUUAAGCAUUGGAACAGAUUUUAAUGUAAUCAUGUGGCCUUUUAUCCAUGGUUGUAUGUUUUAAACCCACUGACACGAUUUUAAACAUUGUGUUUGUUUAUAGUAUGAGGUCUGUUUGUCCUGAGAAGCACAUUGUUUAGGUUCAGAGGUUUUACAGUUUGACUCCAUGGGUAACAGGUGAAAUGUCAGAAAUUCCUGUAAAAUAAAAAAAAAACAACAAAAAAAAGUCAAAAGUGCAAAUCACCCACAAUCUAUUCAUAGGUUAAGGCGUGUAAAUGGAAAGAAAACCGAGACACUGGAUGACCACAUGUUUGAGAUCUACUGUAUUCAGAGGAACACAGUGGAGGAGGUUUGGACAAUGAUCUGUUACAGACCGGGCACAGCAGGCCCAUUAUCUGCCAAUUUAGGACAGUUCACUUCCUUGUCAACAUCCUGGUCUCGGGCAAAAUCUCUGUCUCAUACCUCUUUGUCUCAUUAUUGGAGCUUGUUGUCAAGUUAGGUCAGAGAACAGGAAUAACUGAUGAGCAGCACCUCCCUCCCCCCGCCUCUGUCUCUUCCUCUCCCGGGGUAUCAUUUGCUCGAUGCAGAGGAAGAGGAGGAGGAGGAGGAGGGCGAGAGUGGCGGAUGAUAUAAGCACAGAGUUUUAAUGAGGGCUGGGACAGCAUAGUCAUCUACUUAGCUGUCACUCAGACUCCUUUCAUCACCCCCCUCACUUCCCCCCUUUUCGAACUGAGGGGUGGAGUGGAGGGGUGAGAGGAAGGAGAGAAAAAAGAAAAAAAUGGUUAGAGAGGUGGAGAGAAUACAGAGCAAGUGAGGCACAUCACUUAUUUAUUGAUUAAAAAAUGUUCUGGCCUCCU